CUUGUGAGGAGGCGUGACACAACCACACCUCCCAAUAUGAUUGGUUGUUCUCUCUGAAAGCGUUUUUUUUCCGCCGAGGUGAAGGUGAAACGCGAUUUCUAACCGCGAUGUCACUCUUCAGCACACACAGUCACCUCUGCCGACGGCUGGCACACAAGUAUGUGUCCAGGACCUACACCUCACGCCCGACUCUCAAUGAAGUUGUCAUUGUCAGUGCAGUCCGCACCCCUAUGGGGUCGUUUAAGGGCAGCCUCUCUGCGCUUCCUGCGACCAAGCUGGGCUCCAUUGCCAUUAAAGGAGCGAUCGAGCAGGCAGGAAUCCCACCUGAGGAGGUGAAGGAGGUGUACAUGGGCAACGUGCUGCAGGCAGGUGAAGGGCAAGCUCCAACGCGACAAGCUCUUCUAGGCGCCGGUCUGCCUCUGUCCACUCCAGCAACGACGAUUAACAAAGUCUGUGCCUCCGGAAUGAAGUCCAUCAUGAUGGCCGCACAGAGUCUGAUGUGUGGGCACCAGGACGUGAUGGUAGCAGGUGGCAUGGAGAGCAUGUCUCAGGUUCCUUAUGUGAUGGCGAGAGAGACGCCUCCCUAUGGCGGGGUGAAGUUGGAGGAUCUCAUCGUGAAGGACGGCCUUACGGAUGUCUACAACAAAUUUCACAUGGGGAACUGCGCAGAAAACACAGCCAAGAAAAGCGGCUUUUCCAGAGAGGAGCAGGACGCCUACGCCAUUAACUCGUACACGCGCAGCAAAGCAGCAUGGGAGUCAGGAAUCCUGGCCAAAGAGGUGGUUCCAGUCAGCAUCCCACAAAAAGGCAAGCCAGACGUUGUGGUUAAGGAGGACGAAGAGUGGAGGAAGGUGGAUUUUAGCAAAGUGCCCAAACUGAAGGCCGUCUUUCAGAAAGAGAACGGCACGGUGACGGCGGCUAACGCUAGCACUCUGAACGACGGCGCGGCUGCGGUUGUCCUCAUGACGGCAGACGCAGCAAAGAGACUUAACGUCACGCCACUGGCGAGGAUUGUAGCGUUUGCCGAUGCUGCCGUGGCUCCUAUCGACUUCCCGAUAGCUCCAGCUUUCGCCGUGCCCAAGGUGCUCGGCGCGGCCGGAGUGAAGAAAGAGGACGUGGCCAUGUGGGAAAUAAACGAGGCCUUCAGUGUGGUUGUUCUGGCCAACGUUAAGAUGCUGGACAUCGACCCAAGCAAAGUGAACGUCAACGGUGGAGCGGUGUCUCUCGGCCAUCCUAUCGGAAUGUCUGGGACGAGGAUCGUCGGACACAUGGUGCACCAUCUGCAGCCCGGGCAAUACGGCCUGGCAGGCAUCUGCAAUGGUGGGGGCGGAGCCUCGUCUGUUCUCAUCCAGAAAUUGUAGACUGCUUGUUAAUGUCGAAUUUUUAAGCUAACAUCUCUAAGGUCAAAUUACCAGACAGUACAACUCCACGACCGCAACUCACAAUUUGUGGUUACAGUCACUCCAGAAUAGGUCACUCCCUUAAUUUGUCCUUUUUUUUUUUUGUGCUGUCGUCGUUGAACACCUUAAAUGUUUAUCAAAUUGCAUAUUUAUGAUUAUGUUUAGCAUUAUUUAAAGUUUCUUCUGAUUUGUGUUUUCCAGUGUGGAGGUUAUUUAAAAAAAAUGCUGAAGUUACAGUAAAAGAGGUCACCAGUCAUUUUAGUUGGUUUGUGUUUAGUCAGUAAUAUUAAACAUUUACGUUUA